AGAGCUUUGCCAUUCACUGCCUCCUUUUCUUUUGAACAAAUCUCCCAUAAAGCUUGAGCAUAUACCGUGCUUUUUACUACCAUCAGCACAUCUGCUGUAUUCUCUCUGUUAAACAACUUUCGAGGGUAAUUAUGUUGAAAAGGCGGGUUUGUGCUUUGAUAAGCCUGCUUUCAUUUCUAAUUUGUGGUUCGUAUGCACAGCAGCCGAAUGACAAUAGCACUCAUUUUUCCUUUGCCUACUUUAGCCAGAACAACAGCCAGCAGCUGAUAUACAUGGGGAACGCUUCCAUUCCGGGUGAGCACGAUUACAUCGAUCUCACACCCGAUCCAUACGCCACUUUAAACGCUUCUACUUCAAACGAAACGGCUCCAAAUGUGGUGCUGCCAAACUCCAUCGGAAGGGUUCUGUACAAGCAGCCCGUCACGAUGUGGCCUGCGAAUUUCACCACCGUCUUCACCAUCUUCGUGAAAAGCAUCGUUUUUAAUGGUGACGGUCUUGCCUUCAUCAUCGUCCCCAAUAACCAAAGCUUUUUAGCAGGAAGCUACGGGAGCUUGCUCGGCCUCUUCGACGACUCCACGAACGGAAACACGAGUGGACAACUUGCCGUCGAAUUCGACACGUACAAGAACCGAUUCGACCCGGACGGCAAUCAUGUGGGCAUCGACAUCCAGGGCAUCAUAUCCAACGUAACAGAAAAUAUGGGAAAUCACGACAUCGACAUCAAGGCCGGGCGAGCUAUACAAGUGCGGGUUCACUACGACGGGUGGGCUAAAUCCCUGCAAAUCUAUGCGCGCUAUGCAGACAAUACUUCGGGCUACGUGAGCAUUGUGAACCACACGGUGGAGCUUGAAAACACUGUUCCAAGAUCGGCGUACGUGGGAUUUUCUGCGUCGACAGGGAAUUCAUACGAGGUACACAGAAUUCUCGACUGGAAUUUCAGUUCCGUGAUGUUAUCAGAGUCUUCUCUGAAAUUGCUCCCAGUCGGAACGGAAACGAAAACUGCCGGAGGAUCAGGCGGUGGGGUCAAAAUCGGGUUCUUAGUGGGAUCACUUGUGGCGGGAUUGUUAGUGUCGUGGGAUUAAUAGUCGGAUUAGUAGCCAUUAGUAUUUCAGAAACAUAAUGGUCGGUAUGUAGGUCCCCUCCCUCAAGUUUUCUUUACUCUCCUUUUCUUUAUCGUGCCUGUUUAUGGUGGACAUUUGGUAGCUUUCUGUGGUUCUCUUUUUCUGAUCUUGCCUGAAUAACACGUGUAUGUUAGGUUUCGGUACCUUUCAUAAAAAUAAUAUUUGUGUUCAUUCUUAAA